CCAUUGUGUUGUAGUAGAUAGCAAACGCUGCUUCUCUCGUCUGCUCGUCUCUCCAAUUUUUUUUUACCUUUUUUGCAGUGAAUCGAAUUGCUUCAUUUGGGAUCCAAAAAUGGCUGGGAGGAAGAGAAGAAAGUUGAAUUCGUAAGUGGGUUUUUGUUGCUGUUAAAUUUCAAGUUGGCUGUGGCUGCCAUGGAUAAUACGAGGGUGACAACCAAGAAUAUGAGAGAGAAAUUGGAAUUGCAAACUUGGUCUGACCUUCCUACAGAACUUCUGGAACUGAUCUUUUGCCAUGUAACUCUAGAAGACAACGUUCGUGCCUCUCUUGUUUGCAAGAGUUGGCAUACAGCUGCCAUUUCUGUCAGAGUGGUAAAACAAUCACCCUGGCUGAUGUAUUUUCCAAAAUAUGGGAAUUUGUAUGAGUUCUAUGACCCAGCACAGCGCAAGACCCAUUCCCUUGAGUUACCAGAAUUGUAUGGGUCAAGAGUUUGUUACACUAAAGAUGGUUGGUUGUUGUUGUACAGACCCAGAACCCACCGUGUUUUCUUCUUUAACCCAUUUACUAAGGAAGUGAUCAAACUGCCAAGAUUUGAAUUGACUUAUCAGAUAGUUGCUUUCUCGUCUUCUCCAACAUCUACCAGCUGCAUUGUUUUUACAGUUAAGCACAUCAGUCCCACAGUUGUUGCUAUCAGCACUUGUCAUCCUGGGGCAACUGAAUGGGUUACUGUUAAUUAUCAAAAUCGCUUGCCUUUUGUUAGUAGUAUUUGGAACAAGAUUGUUUUCUGCAGUGGACUUUUUUACUGCCUAAGUCUCACUGGCUGGCUAGGUGUUUUCAACCCAGUGGAACGUACUUGGAAUGUUCUUGUUGUGCCCCCGCCUAAAUGCCCAGAGAAUUUUUUUGCUAAAAAUUGGUGGAAAGGAAAAUUUAUGUCAGAGCACAAUGGAGACAUUUUAGUUAUUUAUACAUGUUGUAGUGAAAACCCAAUUAUAUUUAAGUUGAAUCAGUCAAAUAUGAUGUGGGAAGAGAUGAAGACCCUUGAUGGUGUGACACUGUUUGCCAGUUUCUUAUCAUCUCAUUCAAGAGCUGACCUCCCUGGAAUAAUGAGAAACAGUAUCUACUUUUCUAAAGUUCGGUUUUUUGGAAAGCGUUGCAUAUCAUACUCUCUUGAUGACUGUAGAUACUAUCCUCGCAAGCAGUGUCAUGACUGGGGAGAGCAAGAUCCUUUUGAGAAUAUCUGGAUUGAACCACCUGAGAACCUCUCAACCUUUCUAUGAAGAACACAGGAGUAUGUUCAAGUAUUGAGUAUCCAAUGGUUGCAUCUAAGUAGAGCAAAUCAUUAGUCAGGAGUCUUUAAAGAAGCAUUUGUGAUGCAGCAUGGAUUCAGUGUACAUCAAGCAUUUCGAAAGUUCAUGCAAUGUUGAGGAAUGAAAUUUAUACCUUGAAGAUAACAGUAAUGCAGCGUAGACAACCUAAAUUGUGCCUGGAGGAUCUGAAAUAUAACAUCCUUCUUGUAUGAUCUUUGGUGCUUCUUUAGCUAUAUACAUUUAUUUGUUCCAAAUAGUUUUCAGAUAUAGAUAUGUUUUGUCCACUAUA